AUGUGCAGCAACGAGCGGCCGAGCGUGGCCGCGGCGGGCCCGCCGGCGCCCGGCCCCGCAAUGCUGCCGCACCCGCUGGCGGUGCUCAAGUCGCUGCACGAGUCGGACCAGUACCGGCUGCAACUGUACCAGUACGCGCGCGCCUUCCCGCCGCACUACCCGGCGCUGUGCUAUCCGGCCGCCGCCGCCGCCUACGCGCCACGCGUCGCCGCCUUCUCGCUGCUGCACGGCCAGCACCCACGCGUGCUGCAGCCCGAGGAGCCCAAGCCGCAGCACAGCUACAUCGGACUCAUCGCCAUGGCCAUCCUCAGCUCGCCCGAGACCAAGCUGGUGCUGUCCGACAUCUACCAGUACAUCCUGGACCACUACCCGUACUUCAGGACGCGAGGACCCGGCUGGCGCAACUCGAUACGCCACAACCUGUCGCUCAACGACUGCUUCGUCAAGGCGGGCCGCAGCGCCAACGGCAAGGGCCACUACUGGGCGAUACACCCGGCCAACGUGGAGGAUUUCAAGAAGGGCGACUUCCGGAGGCGGAAAGCGCAGCGCAAGGUGCGCCGGCACAUGGGGCUCGCGGUGGACGACGACGGGACCGAGUCGCCGAGCCCGCCGCCGCCCCCGCCGCCGCCCCCGCCGCCCCCGCCGGCGCCGUGCAGCCGCAAGCGGCAGUUCGACGUGGCGUCGCUGCUCGCUCCCGACGACCCUCCGCGGGGCAGCGAAGACGACGACAUCGACGUGGUGAGCGGCGACUGCGGCUGGGCGUCGUCCCCCCCGCCCCCGGGGGCGGCGGCGCCCGCCCCCGGCGCGGCGGCGUUCCCCGGGCUGGAGCAGGCGCUGGUGUCGCGCUACUACGAGUCGCUGCAGCUGCACCAGCGCCGCCUGCACCACCUCGCCGCCACCGGCGCCGUCACCAUCACCGAGAUCUCCGACGCCUGA